UUUACAUAUAAAAUGCCAGAAACCUGUUGUACACGUAAAUGCAUAUGUAAAAAUCAUACAAGAACGGAAUUUGAACUUUGCCCAUGUGUUAUAAAUAUACCAAUUAGAAAACGUAACAAAUAUUGGUGGGAAUGUUUUCGUAAAUCACAACGUCAGGCGUUACCAUAUGAAGAAUGGAGUUUUUGGGAUAAACGAUUAGAUACAAACAUAGGUGAACGUCUGGUGCAAUGGCUUAUAAAUGAGAGUAGUCAACCAGCGCCUCAAAAGCUUAAAAUUUAUAAAAUAAGAGAAACUUACAAAAUCGAGGAUUUGGACACAUCUGAUGGGGAAAUCUUACAUCCUGCAGAACUAUGUAUGGAAGAAAUGGAUAUUGAUGGUGUAGUCAAUUUACCAAUUAUAUCACAUAAACCUGGAAAAUAUAUCCUUCAAUUGAAAUCUGCCGAUGGACUUGAAAUUCGAAUUAUUUCUAUAAAACUUACAGCCUAAUGUAUAUAUAAUUAAAAAUUUGUUUACUAAAAAGAUUCAUAUUUAAAUUAAAUCUUCAAUUUUAAUAUAUUUGU